AUGUUAAUAUUUAGUAUUAUUAAUGGAUUAUUAUCUACAUUAACUUUUAAAAGUGAAUCUUUACUUAAAACGGGUUGUGGAAUAUAUUUAUUAACAAAUUCAAUCAUAUCAAUAUUAACAAUAACUAUAUUUACAAUUAAAUAUUUUCAACUUAUUAUUUUUCAAAUGAAAUCUAUAACAAAUACAUCAUUUAUUCAUUUUAGUUGUAUAUUAACUGAUGUAUUAUUAAAAAUUCUUCUUAGUUUUGGUGAUUGGUUAUAUGUAGCUGUAGCCAUUGAAAGAACAUUAGCUGCUACACAAGGAAUAUCUUUUAAUCAGUCAAAAAGUAAAUAUAUAGCUAGAUAUGUUAUACCGAUCAUAUUAUUAUUAAUAAGUAUAUCUUAUAUUCAUGAUCCAAUAUCUCGUCGAACAAUUGAUGAUAUUGAUGAUGAACAAAGAACAUGGUGUAUUCUUGAAUAUUCAACAAGUUUAAAAAAAUAUGAUAAAUUUAUAAAUAUAUUUCAUGUUUUAAUACCAUUUAUAAUUAAUAUAUUAUCUGCUAUAUGUAUUACUAUUCAAGUAUUUCGAAUACGUGUCAAAACAAAGAAAAAAUCAGCAUAUAAAAAAAUUCUUUAUGCUCAAAUUAAACAAAAUAAACACCUUCUUAUAUCAUCAUGUAUUUUAAUAUUAUUAUCUAUUCCUCGUUUAAUUAUUUCAUUUUUAUCUGGAUGUAUGGAUUCAAUACGUACUCCAUGGUUAUAUUUAAUUGGAUAUUAUAUUUCAUUUAUUCCACCAUUACUAAUUAUUAUUUUAUUUAUUUUACCUUCAAAAACAUACAAACAGGAAUUUCUUUCUAUGAUAGCAAAAAUAAACUUUUUCUCAAAAUAA